AUGAACACUGCUUCAAAAACCCGAAAGCCCCAAACUAAUAAUUUUACCUCAAUUUUGGACCAGAUCCUAAAAAAAUAUAACUUAUCCACCGAAUCUAAUCCAUCUCAAUUAUGUGUCUAUGCUAGUGAACUUGGCGCUAUGUUACCAGAUUGGAAAGCUCGUAAAAAUGUGAAAGAAGCUCUUCGUCGACGUCAAUUUAAAGAAGAACAGAUCAAGGCUCUUGUACCGGAUAAAAGGAAUGAAAAACUUACUAUUAGGGAAAGAGUUCAAUAUUGCGCUAAAAGUGGUGAUCCGUAUGAUAUUUACUUACAUGCUUUAGAUUUAGUCAAGACAAAAAAUGAUAGUGAUGAAGAAAUUGUUGCAUCCAGCUCACGUCUUUCGCUUUUCCGUAAGGAAUUGAAAGAAUCUGGAGUUGAUUCUAAAGUAAUUGAUAUAUAUGCUAAAUUUCCAGCACUUACUCAAGAUUCUAACGAAAUUCAGAAGAAGCAACUUGUACAGCGAUUACCCAAUACCUAUAAAGCUAUUAUAUCAGGACUUACUGAUAUUGGCAAAUUUUUUCUUGAUUACUCAUCAUGGAUUGCGGGUGAUAGUAGAUAUAAUGGAAAUAGAUAA